CUUGUAAAGCAAAACAAGAUAAGACUUGAAAAUGAGAGAUAAGACUUGUUUGGGAAUAGAAACUUUUUUUUAUUAAAUCUUGUCCUAAUAGUCUCAUGAAGCAGUCAUGUUGCUUCUCAAAGUUUUAGCAUGUAUUUUCUUUACUUUAGAUUUCACUCACGGCUCUCCCAAAUGUGUUAAAGAUGCCGCUGGUGUUUACAAAUUGAAUGGGAAAUCUUGUGCUAGCACCACUCGCUAUAACCUGAGCCAGAGAGGGGGGUGUGGUUGUGGACCAACAGGAUCAACUAAUCCAUUCAACUGGGAGCUGGACAACUUUGUGGCGGCGGUCAACUUAAAAUUCUUUGAUGACAAUGGAGAUAGACAGUUCUGUGGACACGAGUGUGGUGUCUGUGUUAAACUGACCCCAACAGGGGGUUUUGUUGCCGGCAAAGGUCACAGCCCACAUAACCUCACUCCCACUAUUUUCUUAAUAACGAACGUCUGCCCAACUACUGGAACAGAUGAGUGGUGUAAAAUUGGUGGAAAACCUGGCAGUAAUCAAACCAACUCGCACGGCUAUGAAGCUCACUUUGUACUUCAGAACCACAGCAACCAAAUCUCCAACCUCCUAGGGUGGGACAACCCUGAGGUCACGUGGGAGGUAGUCACAUGUCCAUCAGACUUUCAAACCAAGUACCAUCAAUGUGAAUGUUUUAGUGCUGCUGGAUAAUGUGAUAAAGUCUCAAGGGGAAUAAGUCGUUUGAGAUUCACAUCCUGUGA